GUCCCCAAGGGUUUCAUGGUUAAAAUGUUUGAGCUUACCUUGUAUUUGACUUGGUUUGCUUGGGGACAAGCAAACGGUUAAGCGUGGGGGAAUUUGAUAACAUCGUAUUUGCACAUGUUUGCACCCUCAUUUCUUGAUCAUUUUGGCUUGAGUUUUUUAUUUCUUGGACUAUUUUAUGCUAUGUUGUGUUCCUUUGUCACAUUUCAAGUCCUAGCAUGUAAAUUGAAGCAAAGGCGCAAGUUUCAAGUCAAUCUGAAUUCAUUUGGCAAUUCGGGAGAAGAAACACGAGCAUGACCUGAGGAAUAAUGGACUUCUACCUCAUAUUAUGGACAAAUAUUCAUGUAAUCUCGUCAUGAAAAGAAAUAGGGCGAGACUACGAGCGUCUGGGAUCAAACGACGACUGAUUCGGAGUCCGAAUGAGGGAGAAACGAAGCAUUAAACAGGGGCGGAGGAAGAAUUACGGGCAGGAGAAUUACGACCGUAUUUUUCCCUCCCAUGCCCGUAUUUUCACUGCCGAGAGGAGCUUUGGAUGCGCUGAAACUUAACCAAAACGCGUGUUUUGGGAAAAAUACAGGCAUGGAAGAAUUACGACCGUAUUUCUGCCCGUAUUUCGCCCAUAAUCAGGUUUUUGAGGCAGAUUCAAGCCAAAGGAAAGAGAGAGCUGGGUUUUGGAUCCCAAACACCCAAGGGACGAACCCUAGAGAGAGAGAGAGCGACUUGGGAACAUUCUUGGAGCUAUUUUGGAGGAUUUCUUUGCCAUUGGAGCUCGGGAAUCAAGCUUGGAGAUGGAGAUUGAAGAUCAAUAUCAGAUUUCUGCAGUCUCUCUCUUCUCUAUGGAGUAACUUCCCUUCACUUAGGUUUUGAGGAACCCUAGUUCCAUGGGUUAGGAUCUUUCUUGUAUGAAGUUUUGGAUGCUAUAUUGUUUGAUUAUAAUCGACUGAGGCAUGAUUUAUAGAGUCAAUUGAAGCCUGAUCAUCUUCUCUUGAUUUCUGUUUUAACCUAUGAUAGAUAGAAUCUGAUUAGGUUAAGAGAGCUUCCUUGAUUGAUAGCGGUGAAUUGGUUGUGUGAGAGUCAAUCAAUUCACUGCUUUGUACUGGAAUUCUUACCAGUAGUGGAGAUCUGUGUGAAUCCCCUUAGCAGUCUAUCCCGGUGAAGGCUAGUCGCCUGCCGGGUAUUCUGUCUAAGAGGGCUUGGUCAGCUUAAGAGAUUCCAAGCUAAUUUAGGAUCUUCCGCAGUUUAAUCAAUAGUAGAUCAACCAAAAGUAAUUGCAACUUGGACCUAAUUGAGGAGCUAGGGGGAAUCAUACCUAAGUGAGUUCCCAACUUGUAAUUAGUAGAGUACUUAGUAGAGUAGUUUAGUAAAUCAAUCCUUAAUUUAGUUUGCUAGAUAAUGAACUGAAGCUAAGUAAUAAUAACUCUAGAGACCCGUUGAUUCGAUAUUUAUUACUUGUGCCACUAUACUGCAGUCCCUUUCAUUGGUUACACUUGGCCAUUGUUAGGUGUUGUGUCGUAGCGAGUCAUCUGGCAUGGCACGAAAGACGGGGUGUUUACUGUUAAGUCAACCUACCACUUUGCUGUCUCUUUGGACAAGCAGAAGGGCUCCUGGCGGUCUAUGGCGUGUUGGAUGGAUCAGACCAGUUGGAUUCGUUUGUGGGAAUCUAAUAUUCCGCCUAAGUUGAAGGUGUUUAAUUGACAAAUCUUUUACCGAAUUCUGCCAACUACGGAAGCUAUUAUCGAGAAGGAUGUUCCCGUUCUCCCUUGAUGCUCGGUUUGCUGGGCAGAAUCUGAGACUAUGGAACACUUGUUUCUCUACUGUCUGGUAGCACGUGCCCUUUGGGAUUACUCGGGGUUGGAGUAUCUUGGCCAAGGGCUGCCUUGUCUUACUUUCCCUUUGUUCCUAAAGAAGUUGAUGUCUUUCAUACAUCAGCCUGAUUUGUUUAUGGCGAUUGUGGCGGUCCUUUGGCGGAUCUGGAGGUCUCGUAACUGGGUUGUCUUUGAAGGCAAACAAUAUGGGUUUCCUUCUUUGAUGCGCCAGUACCACCAGCAAUACGAGGAGUGGGUAAACUUGCCACUGGAUCGGGUGCCUCGAUAUUCCAUCCCUGUAGUGCAGCAAAGUGGCCCUGUGGGGGGCAGAUAUGGCUGUUUGUAUGUAGGAUGGGGCUAUCAGGAGUGGUUCCAUUCGACAGGAGGGAUGGUCAUUUUGACCCCUGAUAGGGAGGUCCUUUUGGCUAAAGGAAUCCAGUUCCCGGUAAUUGAUGAUCCAAUGGUUGUUGAAUUGCUUGUGCUCCGGGAGGCUAUCCUAUGGUGCCAAGGACUGGGCUUCACGGAAUGAGGUUUGAAGGGGAUGCUCAGGUGAUCAUUGAGAAGAUUAAUCGGGCAGAUACAAGAGAUAACCGGAUGAGGAUCAUUCUUGAAGAGCUCGUGCAAUACUUUGCCUUCAACUCGGGAUUUAGUUUUCGAUUUGUAGGUCGGCGUAGUAAUAGGGUAGCCCAUAUGGUGACUAGAAAGGCCCUCUCUUUGUACCCGACCAUGAGUCGUUUCUUUGAUUUUCAGGCCUGGCUAAUUCCAGGAUGUAACUAUCUUUUGCUCGAAUCAAUAUAAGAUUAUUUUUGUAAAAAAAAAAACAAUUAGCGGGAUUCAAUAUAAAUCAAGAAAACUAUGUUGAGUCUUAAACUACUUUAAGUACCGAGCAACAAUUAUUGCUAGGCGUUGGAAUUCUCCACCAAUAAAACUUUUCUCUCUUUCAAAAUUUAAAGUAUAUCUAGAUAUUUUUGGGUCUAUUUUCACAAUAUAUAUGAAUAGAUGGAUAAAGUUUCACUAAAAUGAAAGACUUAUUUUUAA